AACCACAAAGCAUUACAUGGUAAAGGAGUGCUCGGAACACAGGGGAAACAGCAGAAGAAUCAAAAGAAGUGUGCACGGGAUGUGUGACCUAGUGCGGGAGUAGUAGUGGCAGAGACUGGGCACACCGCACUGCCACCACUUUAAUACACAAGCUAUGGAAAACCACCAAGUGCGAACCAUUGAGCACCUGAUGGACGGAGCACUGAUCACAUGGAUUCGAAACUUUGAGCAAAAUCGAGGGUUUGACCAUGGACCAUUAUCUCCAAUGAAAGAUCCACUCAGAGAGUACAUGCAGCUAACAGCAGGGGGCACUCUGCACUACAUCAUGAGUUUUAUUGACUCCCGCCCAUACCAUGGAAAUGUUGACCUGCACGGCCUUAAAAUGAGACUGCGUUCUUAUUACCAGGAUGAGCUCCAGCAGAUGAUCCUGAUGCCCCUUCCAGACACGCACCUUAUAGCCCAGGAUCCAGUCUCAGAUGUCUCCAUGCAGGAAAUGGAGAAGCUAAUGUCACUGAUGCUGGGAGCUGCGGUUCAGGGUGAGGGUCGUGAAGAAAUAAUCAGUGGAAUCCGAAUGCUGAACUUGGAUUUCCAGACUAUGCUGGCAGAGAAAAUACAGGAGAUGACGCAGGAUUCUCAGAAGAUAUUAUCAGUACCAGGGCCAGAGCUGUCUCACCUCUCUCAUUCUGACCUAGAAGGCUGGGUCCACAUGCUAGGUGCUCACCUCAGAGACAUCCUAAGACAAAGGGAUGAUGCUCAGGAGCGUCUGUCUAUAAUCCGAUGUGACCAGCAGGUCAGACCUACUGAUGCCAGGUUGCAAGCAGUUUCCCAAAAUGUGAUAUCAGAACCCAAUUCAUGGCAGAAUCACUCGCUGCACAUUGCAGAUCUACAGAGUAAACUACGACGUGUGCGCCUGGAGCUGGAAGAAAAGUCUGAGGAAUUACUUGACAGUCAACAGCAAGUGCAGUUGCUGGAGGUGGAGCUAAGGAAGGUGCAUCAGCAGGUCCGUGAGCUCUCCCAAAUGGCUGCUCUCUCUCGUGGUUACCGUGAUGAGGCCGAUGCACUGAGAGAGCGCUCGCGACGCUCUGAGGCCCAAGUAAACGCUCUCACAGAUAAACUGCGCACCAUGGACAUCUACCAGCGCUCCUUGCAGGAGGAGAAAGAAUUCUCAAGGAGCCUGCUGGAAGAUAAAGAAGUGUUAGAGCAUCAGCUUUCUGCAGAAAGAGAGCGUUCUGAGAAACUGCGCAUGUGUGAGAGGGAAAAGCACUCGCUAGAAGAGAGACUCAAGAGAGUUGAAAUGGAGAGAGACUCAGAGUCUCAAAGAGUGCAGUGUCUGCUCCAUGAUAACCUAACUUUGGCCGAGGAGAUACGAAUACUAAGGGAGGAGGCAUCUCAAGGUUGGGAGAGAGUGUAUGAGUCCGAAGGAGAGACAGUCUCAAAAUGGGAAAAAGAGCAUGUCACUUGCUGGGAGAGACAGGAGACAGAUGUUGAAUUUUUAGACCUGAAUGCAGAGCUGUCCCAAGCUUUGUUACGUUUGGAGAGAGAAAACCAGGUCCUGAGAGAAAGGCUGCAGAUCUUAACUGGAGAGACUGUGGAUCUGGAGAACAUGGGACAUAUAGAGCAAAAGCAAGAGAUCUCGGACCGAUUACAAGAUUUAUGUGUCAGAGAGGAGCCAGAUGGGGGCAGCUUAGUGGAUAAAGAUCUAUUGGGAGAUGGAGACAUGAACCAGAAAGAGAAAAAGAAACCAGAAGACAGAGUUGUACAGGUGCAGUCACAGCACUUGCAGAAAAUGACUACAGAUGAACAGCCAAUCACUGUUUCAAAAAAAGCAGGCAAAGACACUGGUCAGCCGCAUGUGCCGCUGGAAGACAGUACAAGAAAUAAUCUUAUACAGAAUAAACAGCUGGAAGAAGUUAAUUGUAAUGUGCCAUUAAUUCAGAUCCAACUGGAAGAAUGUUCUCUAGAGGACAAAUCACUGGGGAAAUAUGCAGACAAUUCUAAGACUGUCAAUCAGGGGCAUUUGGGACAGAGUUCGGGAGACUUAGAGUCAUUACAGACACAGCUGGAAUCGAGUAGUGUAGAGGUACACUCACUAACACAGCUGGAACGUGGGACUGAAGAGGUACAGUCACUAAAGACACAGCUGGAAUGCAGGGUUGGAGAGGUACAGUCACUAAAGACACAGCUGGAAUGUAGGGCUGGAGAUGUACAGUCACUAAGGACACAGCUAGACAGUAGAGCAGAGGAGGUACAGUCAUUAAAGACACAGCUGAAAUCUAUGGCUGGAGAGGUACACUCACUAAAGACACAGCUUGAAUCUAGGGCUGGAGAGGUACAAUCAAUGAAAGCACAGCUAACGUUGUAUGAUACAGAAAUGCAGUCACUAAAGACACAGCUGAAAUUGAGCACUGGGGAGGUACAGUCACUAAAGUCACAACUGGAAGUGAACACUGAAGAUGUACAAUCACUGCAGAGACAAUUGCAACUGAGUGCUGAAGAAAAACAAUCACUAAAGGCACAGCUAGAAAUAAAUUGUGAAAAUGAACAAUCACUGAAGACACAAUUGAAAGUAAAUGUAGGAGUGGUACAAUCACUAAAGGCACAUCUGGAGUUGAGUUCUGAAAAGGAACAAUCACUGAAUACACAACUGGAACAGAGUUCUAAAGAGGUACAAUCACUAAAGGCACAAUUGGAAGUGAGUGCUGGGGAGCAACAAUCACUAAAUAAACAAUUGGAAUUGAAUGCUGAAGUGGUACAAUCUCUAAAAGUGCAGCUGGAAUUAAGUUCUGGAAGGGAACAGUCACUGAAAACUCAUCUGGAAAUGAAUGCUGCAGAGUUACAAUCACUGAAGGUACAGCUAGAAUUGAGCGGUCGAGAGAUACAAUCACUCCAGACACAACUGGAAAUAAGUGCUGCAGAGGCACAGUCAUUAAAUGCAAAGUUUGAAUUGGGUGCUUGUGAGAUACAAUCCUUAAAGAAACAGCUAGAGGAAAAAGAAGUAGAGAACACAGUCCAGCAGAGACAAAUCCAUGAGAAAGCUGUAGAAAUAGAAUUGCUAAAAAAACAACUGUCUGAUGUACAAGAGUCGCAUUCUCUAACGCAGCAUCUGCAAGAAAGUUCUGAGGAAAUGCAAUCUCUUAAAAGACAGUUGGCAGCCAGCACAAGAGACAUGCACUCCAUAAAGAUGCAUCUUCAAGAAAGAGAGGAACAGGCAUUAAAAAAACAAAUUGAAGAGAGUGCAAAGGAAAUUGAGUCACUGAGAAGACAACUGGAAGACAAAACAGCGGAGGUGCAACCUCUCAGGAUAAACUUGGAAAAGAGAGAGGAAGUAGAGCUGUUAUGGAAAAAACAACUGGAAGAGAGAGCAGGGGAGAUACAGUUGCUUAGAAAAAACUUGGAAAAUAGAGAAGAGUUAGAGCAGUUAGUAAAACGCCAGCUGGAAGAGAGGACAGGUGAGGUACAAAUGCUCAAAAGAAACCUGGACAAAAAAGAACAAGCAGAGCAGCUACUGAGGAGGCAGCUGGAAGGAAGGAAUAAGGAGGUGCAUAAACUCAGCAGAAUCUUGGAAAAAAAAGAGGAUUCCCAGAAAUUAGUGGAAAGGCAGUUGGAAGAGAGGACAGGAGAGGUCAAUAUGCUGAAGAAAAGUUUGGAUAAAGGAGAGGAACUAGAACAGCUAGUGAAGACACAGCUGGAAGAGAGAACAAAGGAAGUCAAGGAUCUCAAGCAUAACUUGGCCAAGGAAGAGCAACUAGAGCAGUUAGUGAAAAGUCAGCUGGAAGAGAGAACAGGAGAGGUAGAGGAACUCAGGCAGAAUCUGUCAAAAAGAGAAGAAUUAGAACAGUUAUUGAAGAGGCAGCUGGAUGGAAGAACAGGAGAAGUGCAGGAACUCAAGAGAAACAUAGAGAAAAUAGAGGGCAUAGAGCAGUUAGUGAAGAAGCAGUUGGAAGAGAGCACAUUCACCAUCCAGUUUCUUCAAAAACAGUUACAAGAGGCCUCUAGUGAGGAACAAUUAUUGAAACGUCAACUUGAGCAGAAUGAAAGAGAGCGGCAAUCCCUGGGCAGGAAAUUGGAAGAAAGUUCUGAAAAAAACAAGAUCUUACAGAGACAGCUACAGGAAAAAGAUACAGUGGUACAGUCAUUAAAGAGACAGUUCAAAGACAUGGAUGAGAAAUGCAUACAGCAACAAAUUCAAGAGCAUGCAGUAGAGAACAGCGCUCUGCAGACUCUUACAGCAGAGUCAACUGCACUAAAAAAUCAGCUCCGCGAGAUGUCUGACCAAAUAGAAAGUCUAACUAGACAGAUCCAAGCAAGUGCAGAUAAAGAAGGGAAUUUACUAAGAAAUAUUGAAGAUAGCAAGGUAGACAUACAAGCCCUCCAGAAACAGCUUCAAGAAAGAGAAGAAGAGAUAUUAACCCAAAAAAGACAUUUAGAUGAGAGCACUGGAAAACAGCAAUCCUUAAACAGAAAGCUGGAAGAGAGUGAUUGGGAGCUGCAGCUACUAAAAAGACAUCUGGAGGAAAAUGAAGGACGGAGAAAGGUGCAACAAAGACAGAUGGAAGAAGGUGCAAGAGAAAGACAGUCAUGUCACCUGCAAUUAAAAGAGAAUGCUGAAGAAAUACAGUCCCUGAAAAGACAGUUGAAAGAGAAUGAGACAUGUCAGCACUCACUAAACAGACUGAUUAAAGAAAAAACCGAGGAGACAGAGUCCUUAAAGAGACAGCUUCAAAAAAGUGUAGAAGAAAUAAACUCACAGAAAAAACAGCUGGAGGAGAGAAGUGGGGAAAACUUUUUACUGAACAGACGCCUGGAAGAAAGGGAGCAGUUACUCAAGAGACAAUUGGAGGAGAACAGUGCAGAACUGCAGUUCCUCAGAAGACAGUUACAAGAGAGUGCUGAGCAGGAACACUCAUGGAAGAUCCAGCUGGAAGGUAGUGAGAGAGAGAGGCUAAAUUUGAAAAGGCAUAUAGAGGAGAUCAGUACACAAUUCAAAGCUAGACAACUAAACGACAAUCUAGAGAUCCAAAUGAUGAAGAAGCAGCUGGAUGAAAUGAACAGUAGGAAAGAGUCCAUAGUCCGCUUGAUUCAUAAAGAAAAUGAACAGUUGGAUAGACAAGAUCAGCAGAAAGACGAGCAGACCCAAUGUCUCAUAAAGCAACUUCAAGCGAGUGCAGAGCAAGCCGAGAUCUCACAGAAACAGCUCAAUGAAAAAGAAGUUGAUAUACAAACACUUAAGAGACAGCUAGAAGAAUGUACAGGCAAGGAACAUUCUCUAAUAAAACAACUGAAAGAGAGGGAUCUAUAUGAGCAGUCUCUUAAAUUUAAACUGGAUGAGGGUAAUAAGGUGACAGAACUACUGCAGAGACAACUGCAUGAAAGCACUGAGGACAUUCAGACUCUCAGAAGGCAACUGGAACAGAAAACUGGAGAGAAGAUGACCCAUAAGAGAAAAAUGGAAAACAAUAAAUCAGAGAGCAAUUUUCAAGAAGCAGAACCUGGUAAAAUACACCUGCAAGAAACUACUAGAGAAAUAAGACCACAGCCUGAAGAAGGAAAAGAACCAAAAAUAAGUAGACAACUGGAUGAAAGUUCAUCUAAGCCAUUAACAAUUUCUGAUUCUGCCUGCAUUUCCUUUUGCUUUGGAACCACAAAUGCUGUAUAUGUUUCUCCAUUUCCUAAGUUCCCAAUAUCUCCCACAUUAGAGCCAACUCUCUCUGCAUUUACUCAAUCAACUUUGUUGGCCUCUGCUCCUGACUCAGUCAUUCAGCCUCAUGCAUCUGACCUCAUUUUUCAGCCUCAUGUUUCUGUGCCUCCCUCCAAAAAUGGAUCUGAGUCCAUAUCCACUUAUCCCCCUCUUGCUGCCACCGACUCCCCCAUAUCCUUGCUUCUACUGGAACUGCAUGGAGUACGAAGAGAGAGAUCAGAGUUGCAAGGACGUCAUGACUCCCUGCUCAGGGACCUGCAAAGACAGGAGGGGGAAUUGGAAAGAGUACAAAGAGAGCUGCGUCGAGGCCGGAGUGCUAUGAGAUUACUGAAACAAGAACAUCGGGAGCUGCAGGAGAGGUUAUCCCAGCUCUCUAUACAGGGAGAGCAGGUGCAGCAGGAGCAGCAGAGAAAACUGCAAGAGCAGACGGAAAGAAUGCAAGAAUUGCAGAUGGAUAACCAGAGACUGCAGGAAGAGCAAAAGAGGCUACAAGAGGAGCUGUCCCGAUUUGAGAAGAAUUGUAGUGAAAAAAUGUCAGAGCUGAGAGAAAUGAAGAGACAGCUGGGAUCUGAGCAGAGAGAGCGAGAGCAGCUAGACAGAGAGCGCAUGGAACUGAAAGAGAGGGUCCAGCGGCUGGAGAUCAGCAAAACAGCUCUUUCAAAUCAGUGCCAGGUGUUGUCCCAGGUAAAACUCUCUCUCCAAGACCAGAGUAACCUGCUGCUGUCUCAGAUAAAUUCUCUAAGCCAAGACAAUCGUGAGUUAUUAGAGCGGAGCCUUGAGAGUGGUGCCCUGAGACAAGAAGAGGAGAGAAGCUACCGAGAGAAACUGACAGAGCUGAAACAUGAAAAGCAAAAACUACUUGACAAGAUCAUGGAUCAGUAUAGAGUAUUGGAACCAGCUCCAGUGGUACACAGUCACAGGAGAGGUAACUGGAUUGCUGAUAAAAUGAAGAGACUCUUAAAGACCAAAGAUAAGCCUGCAAAAGGUCCUGGAGAAAGCACCCGUUUUCUGAACCCUCCCAAAGAACACACUAAGGAGCCUGAGAGCCCCUCUAAAAACCCUGUGGUUCUUCGUCGCAGUAAAAGUUCCGUCAGCGUGUCAAGUCAGCCGUCCCCUCGGUUCCGCCGAAUGAAGCUGAGCUCCACCAUUCGCACCAGUGAAUCAUUCAGUGAUGCAGACUCUAGUCCCCGGGAUAAAUUCCGCCUAAGGCACAAGGGGCAGGUCUAUGAUAGUGAUGGGGAUGAGGCGGUAUCAGAGGGACACCGAGAGAUCAAAAGAGAAGGGGCUGCAGAGAAGCCAACGACAACUGGUGGAGCGGAUCACAUCUGAGGAGGUGGCUGUUGGGAGAGAGGGUGACAGAUGGACAGAGCUAAACUUCAUAAUAUUCCACCUGCUGAUCAUGACCUGCGAUUUCUUAUGCUGCACUCAAUGGAUUGGUUGCAUAUUGUUAGUGUUUCUGAUCAUGUAGAGCAAUGCUGGACCACAUACAUGGUUAAAAUGUAUUUGCUCGUUAAAUUAUAAACAGGAUAUAGUUUUGCACUUUGAUUGGUGAUAUCUGAUAUAUUUACUUUUAUUAAUAUUAUUAGCAUUUAUUUAUAAAGUGGAGGGCAUAUAAUAUCUCAGCACUAUGUGCUCAUUUGUGGAGGACAAAGCUAGUAAUUUCCAGGCCACAAAGCUUAUGACAACUAAAAGAACUCAGGGGUGGGACUCCGUAUAAAGGACAUUUUUAUUUUUCCUUACGCUUCCUUAAGUAGAUGAAUUAGAUUUAUCACAUAGAGAAAAGUAACCACCAACAAGAUUGUGUCUGUAUAACAAACUUUGUUUACCAAUAAAUUUCUAUUG